AAACUCAUAUUAUAAAUAUAAUCUAUAUAUAUAAAAAUGAAAUGGUGUAUAGUUGUAACGCUAAAACUCGAAAACGGCUGAACCAAAUGAAAUACUUCCUUUGGGGGAUUUGUUUGUUAUUACCACGCGCAGGUCAUGUCUUAAAAUCAGAACAAAAUAUUAAGGGGGCGUGGCACCUCCCAUACAAAUUAAAUUUUUCAAGUCGAAUAUCUUCAAAAGUGUUUAAGGUAGGAACAUGAAAAUUGGUAUAGAGCUAUAGGAAACAACACCAUUCUCACCCAUAAAACUUGGCGUUAUCGAAAAAGGGGGCGUGGUACCUCCCAUACAAUCUUUAAUUAUUUUGGUUGUUAAUCCACCAUAUAUUUAUCUCAUUUUCCACCUACCACGACAUUUUGGUUGCUUCUUGCUAUUUUUGUUUAUUUAUCGGUGACAGUAGCGGUUAUAUCGUAAUUUUGGUUGUGUUACGUGCUAUUUUUGGUUUAUGGAAAUGGCAGUUUUAUGAAACAAACACAAAUUAACUUAAACGUUAAUUUUGCUUUGCAAUCGAACAAGCAAAAUUUAGAGGGCAAUAAAAAUGCGCCUUGAUUUACUGAUAUAUUGAUAUAUUUUGUUUUAAAAAGUGAGUUAUUUAGUGAAAGUGAUUUAGCGUGUUGGCGAAUACCGAUUUAUGUACAUUGCAAUUUGUCAUUCAAUUGAUCUGCUUCCUUAGUUUAAUUCAUUCAUUUUUGGAGUUUUCAAAGGUAAGUUAUUGGUCCGUAAACCCUUAUAUGAACUUUAUGCAAAUGAAUGAUCAUUUCCAAUUAGAUAUUUCUUACGAUGCCAAGAAUCAGUACGUAUGGUAACACUUCUCGGAGUUCCUAGGCCGCAGGGAGAACACGAAAUAGCAGAGCACGUCAAAGGGAAAGUGUUAUUGAGAGGGUAUCACCACGAAAAAGACUGCUGGAGAAUAGCACGCACCAGUUAGAAGAUGUCACCCAAACAUACAAUCAGCAAAAACGAUUGAGAAGAAGGGAAGUUCGUGCUCGCCAAAGUGAUGAAGUAAGAUCACAACAUGCGAUUAUUGGCAUGUUUUCGAUAUGAUCCAAACAUUCAAUAUAGCGCAUCUGUUCAAAUCGGUCAGAUGUCAGUAGUUUGUCAAUAUUGCAAUGCAGUCAAAUUUAAAAAUGAACCGCCAGGGUUAUGUUGCGCCGGCGGAAAGGUUAAGUUGCCAGAAUUGCUUCCACCACCACAGCCAUUGUUCCAGGUGCUUUACGGUGAAUCUCCUCACUCGAGCCAUUUCUUAAAGCACACUAAAAUGUACAACGAUUGUUUUCAAAUGACGUCGUUUGGCGGUGAAAUUGUAAAUGAACAAAACUAAAAUCCAACGUUUAAGGCAUUUUUGCCAAACAAUAUUCGACAGAAACUACAAAGCUUUCCUCCAAUUAUACAGGUUCAUGGGCAAAUUUUUCAUCUCGCUGGAUCGCUGUUGUCGCAUCCAGAUCAAGAAUACAAAUAUCUCCAAAUUUACUUUCUGGGAGAUUCACAUGAUGAAGUAAAUCGGCGUUGUGCUAUCUUCAAUACAACGAAAAGAGAAAUAAUCGAACAAUUGCAGCAAAUGUUACACGAACACAAUGGCCUCAUUAAACUGUUUACGGUUUCGUUGGAACAGAUGAUCAUAGUGUAAUCAUACAAGCGGACAAAAGACCAACAGGGACACAUGAAAGACAAUAAUGCACCUACAGUUAGCGAAAUAUCAGUUGUUGUUGUUGGAGAAAAUUUGCAGUCGCGUGACAUUGUUUUCAAACGUAGAAAUCAAAACGCACUAAAACGGAUAAGUGAGACACAUCCGUCUUACGCAAUGCAAUAUCCGCUCAUGUUCUGCCGUGGAGAAGACGGAUAUCACUUAGGAUAUAUGAUCCGGUGAAUGGUGUCGAGACAAAUAAAAAAGUCAGUUCAAUGAAGUUUUACGCAUAUCGAAUGAAGAUUCGCCAAAACUAUGACAACCACUUACUGAGAUAUGGACGGUUAUUUCAACAUUAUGCAGUUGACAUGUACGUUAAAGUUAAGACAGAACGACUUAAUUACAUGCGAUACAAUCAGUCGAAGUUGCGAUCUGAAGAGUAUAUUCACUUAAGAGAUGCAAUGAAUGGUGAUGCGGAUAUUACAGAUAUUGGUCGACUCUAUAUUUUGCCAUCGACAUACAUUGGCAGUCCUAGACACAUGCAUGAGUACUCCCAGGAUGCGAUGACUUACGUGCGCAAUUAGGGACGGCCGGAUUUGUUUGUUACAUUUACUUGAAAUCCAAAAUGGCCAGACAUUACGAAUCUAUUGCAUCCCGGUCAAUCACCAAGCGAUCGCCACGACGUUACAGCACGCGUGUUUAAACAAAAACUCAGAUGUUUGAUGGACUUUAUUACGAAACAACUUGUAUAUGGCACUGUUAGAUGCUGGAUGUACUAAGUGGAGUGGCAGAAGAGAGGUUUGCCCCACGCACACAUUCUUCUUUGGAUGGUGGAGAAAAUUACACCUGACCAAAUUGAUGACAUCAUUUCCACCGAAAUUCCUGAUGUUGAAAUAGAUCCAGAGCUGCACGAAGUGGUGAUGGCCAAUAUGGUUCAUGGGCCAUGUGUGAGAACACGAUCCAUCUUCGGUUGGUAUGUCGGACAGUAAAUGCAAAAAACGCUAUUCCCGUGCUUUUAUUUCGGAAACUCAAACUGGAAACGACGGAUACCCUCUCUAUCGGCGUCGCUCACCCGCUGACAAUGGCAGAACAUUCAUCACUCAAUUGAAAGGAAAGAAUUUCGUGGUUGAUAACACAUGGAUCGUUCCAUAUUCGCCAAUUUUGUCUAAGGCAUUCAAAACACAUAUAAAUGUUGAGUAUUGCAGUUCAAUAAAAUCAAUUAAGUAUGUUUGCAAAUAUGUCACCAAAGGAAGCGAUAUGGCGAUUAUUGGUGUUGAACGAGAUGAAUUAGCAAAUUUCAAAUGGGCAGAUAUGUGAACUGCAAUGAAGCAAUCUGGAGAAUUUUUUCAUUUGCAAUUCAUGAAUGCCAUCCUACUGUUGUGCAUCUGGCAGCUCAUUUGGAGAUUGGCCAGCGAGUUUAUUUCAACGCAGAGAACAUAGUACAGCGAACGGAAAUACCACCAGCAACCACUUUAACAAGUUUCUUUGCAACUUGCGCCAGUGAUCCGUUCGAGAGAACAUUGCUUUACUCGGAGAUGCCUCGGUAUUAUACAUGGAAUGCAUCGUCGAAGAAAUGGUUGCACAGGAAGAAGGGCCAUCCGGUAGAUGGUUAUCCAGGUGUUUUUUCAACUGAUGCAUUGGGAAGAAUUUACACAAUCCAUCCAAAGAACGAUGAUUGCUUUUACCUACGUUUGCUUUUGAUUAAUGUACGCGGUUCAACUUCAUUUGAAUCAUUGAGGACUGUAGAUGGUACCAUUUGUGCAACAUUUCGAGAAGCAUGUCAACAAUUGCAAUUGCUUGAACGCGACAGUCACUGGAAUCAAACGCUAGCGGAUGCAAUAGCUUCUUCACCAGCCACUGCAGUUCGUACACUUUUCGCUAUUAUAAUUUCGAUAUGUCAGCCUUCAAACCCGCGUCUAUUAUGGGAUACGUACAAAGAAGACAUGGCAGAAGAUAUUUUGCAUCGCCUGCGAUUAGCGACGAGAAAUGUCGACUUACAAAUGAACGCUGACAUCUACAAUGAGGCAUUAGUCCUUAUUGAAGAUUUAUGUUUGCUUAUGAGUGGAAAACUAUUGAUUGAAGUUCAUAUGCCGGCACCAAGUCGUCAAACAAGGGAUUUAGUGAGUCGCGAAUUGGAACGCGAGCGUGCUUACGCUAUAACUCACUUGCAACAACAAGUACAAACAAAUGUUCCACUGUUGAAUGAACAGCAAAGCAGUGCGUACAAUCAGCUAAUAAAUGAUGUAGAUAGUGGAAACGGUGGCAUAUUUUUCCUCGAUGCGCACGGCGGGACUGGCAAAACGUUAGGAACGUCUUUAAUACUAGCAGCAAUACGUGGUCAAGGUGGUAUUGCAUUAGCACUUGCAUCUACCGGGAUUGCUGCAACACUGUUAGAAGAUGGAAGAAUGGCACAUUCAGCAUUAAAGCUUCCAUUAAACUUGCAAAUACACGAAAGUCCUGUUUGCAAUAUUUCAAAGCAAUCAGCAAUGGCACAAGUUUUAAAAAAAUGUAAGUUAAUCAUAUGGGAUGAAUGCACAAUGGCCCACAAACGAUCAUUAGAAGCACUCGACCGAACACUGAGAGAUUUGCGCAACAAUAAUCGUUGCUUUGGAGGAGUGAUGAUAUUGCUGUCGGGCGACUUAAGACAAACACUUCUCGUGAUUCCAAAAUCAACAGCGGCGGAUGAGCUAAACGCAUGUCUGAAGUCAUCGCAUUUGUGGAGGUUUGUUAAAACCAUUUCAUUGACCAUGAAUAUGCGAGUUUUGCUGCAAAACGAUAGAACUGCAUUUCCGAAUCGGAAAUGGACAAGUUCCGAUAGAUCCUUGCAGUGGAUUAAUAUCGAUUCCAACUACGAUUUUCCAAUUCACAUCUAAUAAAUAUGAACUAAUCAGUGUAUAUCCAAAUAUUGCUCAAAAUUAUGGUAACUACGAUUGGUUAAGCACGCGCGCAAUUUUAGCAUCAAAAAAUAUGGAAGUCAACGACUUGAAUUGGACGAUUCAAAAUCAAAUUCCGGGAGAUCUGCGGUCAUAUAAAUCAAUCGAUCGCGUUGAAAAUGAAGACGAGGUAGUAAAUUACCCAGUGGAGUUCUUAAACUCCUUGAUGCCGCCCGGAAUGCCGCCUCAUAAUUUGCGUCUCAAAAUUGGGUCUGUAAUUAUUAUGCUACGGAAUCUUCAUGCUCCCAAACUGUGCAAUGGUACUCGACUGAUUGUGACCAAGCUAAUGGACAAUUUAAUAGUGGCAAUCAUUUUGAAAGGCCUGUUCAAGGGAGAGGAGUGCUUACUUCCCCGAAUUCCAUUAACU